AUGCUAAAUUGCACCAAAUGCAUGCAACCCAUUGGGAUUGCGGAGCCGGUUGUGGCUCUGAAUAAGCGUUGGCACCCAAAGUGCUUUGUCUGCACCAACUGCCAGUGCAAUUUGGUGGACAAGAAUUUCAGUUCCAAAACAAACGCCCCCUACUGCGAGGCCUGCUUUUCAGAAAAACACCAGCCGCAGUGUGAUAAAUGUGCCGGUCCAAUCGAGAGCGACCAAAAGUACGCGGUGAUUGGCGGAAAAAACUAUCAUUCUACGUGCUUUGUCUGCGAGGUCUGUCAGAAGUCGCUAUAUGGCGGCAAAUACGCAAAAAAGAACGACAAAAUUACCUGUCUGGCGCACCGUUAG